CCUGUCUAAGCAGCAUCUCUUAUUGAACUCUCUCUUUGCCUUUGUACCAUCCCUGAGAGAAUGACCUUCCAGGCAUGCAGGCAACUCUGUUGCUUUCUCCUCCUCUCUCUUCUCCAGUGGGGGCUCAGCGAAUUAACAUAUGGAGACCUUGAGGAUGAAAGUCACUACAUCUAUCUGGAUGAGGACAGCCCCUUUGCUGAGCUGGAUGGUCUGGCGCACUGCAGGAGCACCUACCAGGACUGGAUUUCGCUGUAUUGCUGGACCACAUUCCAUGCCACAGUGAUGGCCAUGCCAGAUGGGAGCCAGUGCCAGUGGGACCAGAUAAGCAGCGCCUACAGCAAUCUUGCCAACUGCACGGAGCUGCUGGCUGAGGCCCUGGCCUGCCCAUGGCCCAGCCCUACUCUUGAUUCCUUCUUCCUGCAGAUCCAUAUGGAAUAUUUCCCCAACUGCACAGCAGCUGAAAGCUCUGGGCCCCUUGAGCCUCCCGUCAGGCCUAUCCACGCUCUGGCCACUCUGUCGAUUUGUCUGACCCCCCUCGCAGUUGCUCUCACUCUCCGCAAAACCAGGAGAGCUGAGCCAGAACCAUAA